CCCAGCCUGGGUACGAGAGUGACCCGGUGACGGUGAUGGCGGCUGGAUGCGACCUCGAAAAGGGAGCGCGAGCAAGAGUUUCACUGGCACGCCGAAAAAGCGUCCCAAACCGCCCGAGAAGAAGCAGUCCCCUCACCGGAGGAACCUCCACAUCGCCGCCUACCCCUUAAUCGUCCUCUUCAACCUCGUGAGCCACCUCGUUUUCCAAAUCUGGUUGUUUUUCACCUUCGUGUACCGUCAAGUGUUGAAAAGACGGGCGCGGAAUACAAAAAAGCAGGCAGAUAGUAGUAAAGAGUCGUCUGACAACAUGAGCGGAGAAACAGGGGACCCGGCGCUCACCAGGCAGAGGGCCUACCAGAAAAAGGCCUUCGAGUUCAUCUCCCGAGCUUUGAAGAUUGACGAAGAAAACUCAGGACAGAAACAACAGGCCAUCGAUCUAUACAAGAAGGGUAUAGCAGAGUUGGAGAAGGGCAUUGCUGUGGAGUGCAGAGGCCAUGGUGAGGAGUAUGAUCGAGCGAGGAAGCUAAGAGAGAAGAUGCUGACCAACCUGGGCAUGGCCAGGGACCGACUAGACCUACUAGAGACUGUGCUUGCCUCUUGUUCAGACGAUACCAGUGAUCAGUGUGAUCGUGACAAGCCAUCCAAGUCCACACGAGUUACAGGAGUGAAUGCACCGGUGUCUAAGAAAGUUCCCAUGGCCAACAAGAGUUCCACCCUGCCUCGAGCCAGCAGGGUGCACAGUUACGGAGGGGGUGGCAGCAGCAAAAGUCACAGCCCCCAGCCGCUCAGGAAAAAAGUCUCUCCAGUCAACGACGAUACCAGUGAUCAGUGUGAUCGUGACAAGCCAUCCAAGUCCACACGAGUUCCACCCCUGCCUCCGAGCCAGCAGGGUGCACAGUUACGGAGGGGGUGGCAGCAGCAAAAGUCACAGCCCCCCAGCCCGCUCAGGAAAAAGUCUCUCCAGUCAACGGCUAACAGGGAAAACAGGGCGCCUGGGAAGACCACAGCCCCCGGGCGAGGCAGUCCCCGAGUCACGGCACCCAGCAAGAAGAAACUCGCCAGCCUGAAAAAUGUCGACUCCAAACUGGCAAACAUCAUCCUCGAUCAAGUCAUUGACAGUCGCAUCAAAAAUACAUGGGAUAAAAUGUCUGCAGUUGGAGAGGGAGAGAAACUGGUGAAAGCUCUGUUUUCUGUAGCAAGAGAACUGCAGCCUUCCAUCAUCUUUAUGGAUGAGAUUGACUCCUUACUGUGUGAGAGAAGGGAAGGGGAGCAUGAUGCCAGCAGGAGGCUCAAAACAGAAUUUCUCCUGGAGUUUGAUGGGGUGCACAGUGGAAACGAUGACCGUAUCCUGGUGAUGGGAGCCACUAACCGACCCCAGGAACUGGAUGAUGCCGUCCUCAGGAGGUUCGCUAAGAGGGUCUACGUACAGCUGCCUGAACUAGAGACCAGAGUUGUUAUAAUGUCCAGACUGCUAAAGAAGCACAACAAUCCCCUCAACCAGAAAGAGUUGCAGAACCUCGCAAGGCAAACAGAAGGCUACUCAGGAAGUGACCUGACAAACUUAGCCAAAGAUGCAGCACUGGGACCUAUCAGAGAACUGGAUCCCGCCCAAGUGAAGUCCAUGCCAGCAGACAAGAUCCGUAACAUCAGAUACUCUGACUUUGUGGACUCGCUGAAGAGAAUACGUCGCAGCGUACCUCAGAACUCUCUGUCGUCCUUCGAGCAGUGGAACAGGGACUACGGAGACAUGUCAACCUAGCAGCGCUGGACGGAGGUUCUCGGCACGUUGGCAGAACACACUGCACCUGCGCAAAACCCAGCAAGUUUUCAAUAAUCCACUUGCCCUUUUGGGCAAGUACAAGGUCAUUUUCACUUGCCCAAACCAACUUUUCACUUGCCCAAAAUAUACAUAUUUCUAUGCAUUUUUACUACCACCAAGGAAAUAAUAUUACUUUGGAGUUUAUAAUGCUGGAUGCUUUAUGUAAUAUUGAAAUAAGGUGGUUUGACUUGCUCCAAAUACCGUAGCAGCAAUGCUUUGCAUCCAAACAAUUUGCUUGUCUAGGGGCAAGUCUAGGGGCAAAUGCAGCUGCCCGAACAGUACUUUUACUUGCCCUGGGCAAGUGGACAAUUGGACUUGUCCCAUAAUGUACUGCACAUAGCACUUCGGCAGAACAUCUCAUAUAAGGUUGUAUUCGAGUAUAUAUGGUUAAUAUCCCGUCUGUAGUUCCCAAAUAUUGUGUUG